AUGGCAGUCGACAACUAUGUAUCUGUCUAUCUUCUUAACAUACGACAGUUCAAUGUCCUCUUCGUUAUGGAGUGGAUUCUUGGUAUUGUCGCCACUUGCUUUAUGCUCUUUUUUUGGAACCGUAUGAUCGGGUCUUUACUCUCACUGUCUAUGCGAUGGUAUUUCUGGCAUUAUCAUAAAGCUUUAGUAAAAGUACAAUCUUUUCAAAUAUCUCUUUUAGGAGGACGUCUUUUUUUCAAAAAUUUUACCUACGUUGCAUCCAAUGAGUCUAUCACUAUUUUACAAGGCUCCUUCACUUGGCGUUACUGGCUCCAUCGGCGAAGGCUUUCGAAAUAUACAACUCAAACUGUUUUAGACAGUCAACAGGGUGAACCUGAAUCAGAAACCAUGCUUGACCCAAAAAAGCGCAUACCAGCCCGUUUAAAAUUAGCUAUAGAGGGUGUCGAGUGGUACGUUUAUAAUAGAUCACCAGCAUUUGACAUCAUUGAAGAAAACCUUAGAAAACAUACAGCAGAAGGUUCAGGUAAGGGGUGCGAAGGCUCUCAUAGACAUACCGACUCCUCUUCAUCAGAUUCUUCGGCCACAACGGGAAACAGUGCCGGCAUCGACUCAAACGACUAUGCACAAAAUUUCAACUCAAAAGAAAAAUACCGAUGUCCUUCUUCUAAAAUAAAUCCUAAUUUUGGCGAGCAGGAUAAGAACAUGGAAGACGAUCUUUCCAGUCGUGGUAAAAUCGGGGCUCUUAUAUCACACCUUCGCAGCAUUAACGAUAAUGGCCGAGCCUCUUCCGACAAACCUCGCGACUUUCGAGACACUUCAAGCGACUCUUCCGACCUUAGCGAGGAGCCUAAAGCUUCUGAUCUUUUCCGAAAGCAUCGUGUACCAUUUACACAUGGUGAUACACUUAUGUUAAAGCUUUUCCCAAUUGAUUUGAAAAUGACAAAAGGUGCUGUUAUUGUUGGUAAUAAAUCUAACCCUUCUCUUCUUGUUUUCCAGUUUGCUACUGGUAAUGGGUUUAUUGACGCUGAAAAAUCUAAAAGUAAGCUUGACAAGUAUAAGAUGAUUUACCAUUGCAACUUUAUUAAGCCUAUUGUCGAAAUGAAGCCAAAUAUUAGUUUUGAAGAAAAUCAACAUUACCAACAAGAAAUUAUGCGAAUGACGCAAAAGUUUCAGUUUUCUAAAAUUACUGUUUCCAUCAUGAAUAUUUUUUCCACAAUACGCGAUAUUUUUAAAAGAAUCAAGAUACCAUUUAAUUUAUUUUCUGAUUCAUCUAUAACAUCGAGCCCAAAUAAUUCGACUCGCCAAGAACCUGACGCUAAUACUCGCCCAUGGAAGGGCCUUGAUCGGUAUAAGAUUGACGCUGACUUGGAAAUGCGUGACAUGCUUCAAAAAGAUUCUGUCAGCGGGUUUUAUCCAGAAUAUGCUCGAGUAACCACUAUUUUGGAUGCAUCUGAGGGCUCGCUCACUCUAUACUAUGAUGCUCCUGGAACUGUUCCCCAAUAUGCUGAUUGUAUCAUCAGUGACUCUUCAGAAGACGAAAAUUUCAUUUCGGUCGGAAAUGGCGACAACUAUCCUCCCGAGUGGGGACUUGAUCUAUACUUUAAAGAGGUGACAAUUCAUUAUGGACCAUGGGCCGACAGACAGCGAAUUUCUCUUCAACGUAUUUUAGUUCCUUUGAACUGUUUUGACUCUAAACCCCAAGCACCAUUACACCCUGGCGAUACACGCAUUUACACUAACUUUAAAGUAAACAUCAAACUUGACAAAAACACCAUUAUUCGUCUUCCCACUCGUGAAUACAGCAAAAAUGCACAGUUUUAUGCAGCGCAUGAACAGGAAAUCAACAACAACAAUGAAAACAACAAAAUUCUACGCCCUUUUGGCUGGAUUGAAGUCACUGCAAGCGACUUUGCUAAUAUUGCAUAUACCUCAGCAAUGGUUGCUACAGAUGAUGGCUGGAAAACCUCACUAAAUGUUGCCAUCAGUAAAUUUGAAGUCCGCACCUGCGUUAAUCAUGCUUUAUUGUACUCAGCAAAAACUCUUGAAGUUGACGCAGAUUUAUCAACACCUUUAAAGUGGAACGGACUCCAAACUUGGACUUUUAUUUGCAACUCUUUUGAUGUGGAUUGUUACAUCAUGCGCGAGCAUGUUUUCCUUCUUUCAGAUUUAAUGUCUGACUUUUCUGAGGGGCCCUCUUCUCCUUACGACUUAUUUACGCCAUUUAUUUACAAGUUUCAUUGGAAUAUUCACAAUGGCUACAAGAUCAAUCUCAACAUUAAUGACUUAAACAUCAUAAACAAUCCCCUUGAUUUUUCUGAAAACAUUUAUGUCAUCUUUUCUGGUGACACUUUUGAAACUGAUGUCACUGUACCACUUGACCAAGUCUUCCAGAAAAAGAAUACAGUUACUUUUGAAAUUAAAACACCUCGGUUUGAUCUAAAUGUUUCAUCACCUCCAUGGAACACGCUCUACUCGUUUUUAAAUCUUAAUGGCGUUGGCCGGGCCUACGACUUUGAUUUGAAAGGUAGCUACACCUAUCACGCAAAUGUUGAGCCAGGUUAUUCUGAUACACUCAUCUUAGAAACAAGCGCUUCAGAUGUUACCCUUUUGCUUUAUGGCUUUGUCAUUAAGUACAUUAUGCAAAUUCGUGAAAACUAUUUUGGCGAGCAUACCCAUUUCCAGACAUUUGAGGAAUUUUCGCAAAAGAAUAUGGAAGCUGAGACUGAAACUGAGUUUACCCAUGUUAAGACGGACAUUGAUUUAGAUGUUCUAUGUCAUGUUUACGUCAAUAAUGGCAGUAUUGUACUUCCAGCUAAUAUUUACUCUGCGGAGUCCAAUAUUCUUUUAAAUUUUGCAUCUUUUGAUGUUGACAUUCGCUUUACUAAUUAUUACAUGGAUCUUCAAGCAAACAUCAGCCCUGUUAAAGGCAUUCACAACAGCAAAUCAAAUUUGUCUACAAUUCUUGACAGUGCUCGGGACCGUGUUUCUUUUGAUCCAAUUAUUUUUAUUGAUGGCAUCUUUAUUCAUGGUAACCGUAUCUUUGGCUUACCUCCUACCGAGCCGACUUACUUUUGUAAGUGGGAUUUUGAUCUCGGUGACAUUCUUCUCAACGGGCCCUUAGAAAUUGUUCAAUAUCUUGGAAAUGUUGGGUCUUCAAUUGGAUACACUUACUCGGAUACUGAAAAUAGCUUGUUGAUUCCUGAGCCCAUUCUUUAUGAUGUCACAUAUCUAUCUCUUACUGUUGCUUCCUUAAAAUGUCGCUUAAACAUUAAUGACUAUAUUCUUGAGGCAAUCACAAGUCCAAUAUCUCUCAACUAUAAUGAUUUGAACAACAAUAGAUAUUCUGCUCGCCUCACAUUCUCGGUUCCACAGAUUCAGUAUAAGAUAUUGAAGAAAAAGGAAAUUGAAAUUGAUCCGACUGGCACUAAUACGGCCGAUGAGGAAAACUACGAAAUUUUAGCAUUGAUUCGUACCUCCAUUCUUAUUACUGAUUUCAUUCAGAAACGUGAUUUUUAUUUGCGUCACGAACGUCAGCAGCAGCAUAUUUCCAUGCACGAUGCACCUUUUGAUCGUUGCUCCUUCCUGUUAGAUGAGUACCAUCGAGCAUACCAUCAAAAGCCAAUGGGCAACAUUAUUCCAAGCAUACCUCUACCUACUGUUCCUCCACCUCUUACUAAAGAAACAGCUCCUUUUAUUGAUCCAAAUUUAUCCAGCUCUUUCGGCAACGAAGAUGACGAAAAUAACUCUUCUGUUUCUUCCAAAAGUAAAUAUUCGUCAACAGUGAGCAGCAGCGAAGAUGAAUCUUCUUCUGAUGAGGAGUUUGAUGACGAAAGUAAUAUCCGAGACACACCUUGCUCUAUCAAGUUCAACAUUGGUUCAAACGGACUUACUGGUAACGCAUUUAUGCCACCUGAGAGUUGGAAAAAGUUUGAGGAAAUUUCUAAAGAGUUUAACUGCGCUCUACCCAAAUUUGACCUUAAUCCUACCUCUUAUUACACUAGUGACGAAGGCAUUAGGCCAAGUUAUGCCGUGGACCCUUCAACAGAAUAUGACAGUUUAAUUAUUCAGCUUGGUGAUAUAACUGGGUUUUUUGUUCCCAAUUCUUUUCUUGCUAUUAGUGAGCUUUUGUCUGUCAAGGAUAUUAAAGAUCUAGAGUCUACAUUAGAUUCUAUUCAAAUUGAUGUUUUAAAUCGGCUUAAUUACAUCCGCACAGCACAACCUGAGGUUAAGAAUUUCAAGAUUGUCGUCACAUCUAUCAACUUAAAGUAUGGCUCUGUUACUGGAACUGAUGCCAACUCUUUAAUGGCGAAAUACAAUGGUGAGGUUGAUCAUUUGGCUGUCACUUGUGAAGCAAUCAACAUUUCUCUUCGAGUGUCAGAAAUGAAUGCUCCCCAAGUUGUUGCUGAUUAUAUCACUAAAGGGAUGCCAGACUUACCGACAAGUUUGGCGGUCUAUGCCAAUUGUGGUAAAGUCAUGUUAAGUGUCGUACGUGGUAGCAGUAUCACUCUUCAAGAUAACGCUGAUUUGCAUGUGCAACAUUUUCGGCCAAUGUUUUUACAAUUAGACAGCCCAGAUAUGUGGUGGUGUGAGAGUGAUAAUCAAAACACUGGGUUUUUCCAUCUUAAAAGUAUUAAUAUUUCUAUUCUUUCAGAAAGCAUUCCGUUUCUGUCUUCGUUUAUUGAGCAAAACAUGAAAUCAUUACAGUUUCUUGCUUCUGCAACUCAGAAAAUACAAUCACAUACUACCCAGAUGCGCAAUGCAUAUGUCAUUAGUUUGCUGUCUACGGCUGGUGAAGCCUUUCAUAUUGAGGACGAUCCAUCUGUUCUCACCAGACCAGCUCUAAUCACACGUUCUACUACUCAUGUUCGCACCAAUGAUAGCUGGAAAAUCAUGAUGCGUCUUCGACAUGUUUUGAAAAGUGUGCCUAUCAAUUGGAGAAACCGCUAUGACAAAAUCAUGCUUUCUGACAUUUAUAAUAUUGACACUGAAAUAGCACGCCGUGAAGCCACCAAAGUCUUUCGCAAAUGGCGUUCUUGGGAACUUACAGGGAUGGAGGACAGUUAUGUUUUCCGCCAUGUCUUUAAAGUGAAAACUCUUCAAGACACUCUGCUUUCGAAGAAUGCAUCCAUCAAUAUCGACUUAGAAAGUAUUUCAUUGCGGUUGAACUAUCUCGAAGAUGAAAACUUUUUGUGUAUUGACUACCUAAAGCUUUCCUUUGGAUGGAAGGGGAAGAAGCCUCAGGAGAUUGGCAUGAAUGGAAAGAUGGGGAGAUCAAACAGCAACAACAAUGUUGGUAAUGCUGCAACUCCUAAUAGUAGUCUUCUUGAACUAGAGUGUACAUCGAAUUGCAGUAGCAUUAAACUGCAUUUAGACUCUAAAAUUUUACAAACUGUUGAGGAAAUCGACAAGGCUAUUUUGGAGAUAAAAUCCAAGCUUGCUCAGCCCAUCAAAAAGCCUAUUCCCAGAAUGCUUGCUCCUGAAAAGUCAAGAACCAGUAAGUCUUCGACUUCAACAAUGAGCAAGAGCAAUGUUCCUCCUCUCAAGCUUAGCAUCACCUGUUGUUUUCAAAACAUUUCUCUUUUUGUUGAUUUUAUCCAGGUUGCUUUGAGCUACGACUCGCAAGAGAUUUCUUUUAACAGCAACAUUAGUAAACUCGCAAUUUUAAGCCCUGAGGAGGUUCAUUUGGACAUGAGUUUUGUUUCGCAUAUCAAAGCUAUUGAUGUCAAACUGCGUGAAAUUUCCGAAAGCAAAGUACCUGACAAAAAUCUUUUCAGUUUUUUGCUUAGGGAUUAUCGUGGUUCCUUUAUCACCACAGGCUUCCUUUUCACUUCUAUGAAGUACGCCACAGUUUCCCAUGAUCAACUUGCUAUUGUUAUGGAGGCACCAAUCGGAGAUCUUUCUAAUGUUGGCAUUCGAUUUUUGGAUACUGGCUUAGAGCGGUUUAAAACUUGUUUUGAUAAUAUCGAGACCAAUCAUGCAACGUAUAAACCACCCUCACCUAAAUUGUUGGAUAUUGUGAAGACUCAUUCGCAAUCCGUUGACUUCACACCAGUUUCUUCUAAAUCUAAGGAGAAACAACUCUUUGAUUUCCCCAUGGUCUUGCGUUGUAAUGCAAAAGACUCCAGUGUUCGUAUUAAUGCAACAGACUCUAUUUCAUUGUAUUUAGAGAUUGCUGGAGCAACACUUGUUGGAAAGCUUGCUAAUGACAAGCAAAUUGCAUUUGAGGUGUCUGUUACUGAUAAACAGUUUGAGCUUUUGGCACGCAACCCUCAGACAAAAGAUGUGCGCCCUCUUGUUUCAGUUUAUGUUCCUACAAUCACCAGUUUGGUUUUGUCGGAAAGUUAUCUUGAUAAAAACUUUGUUGAAGGUGUUGUCAAUGUCAAGAGUAUCCAAGCUCGGAUGAUGUCAGUUUCUUCAAUUUUGGUGAUGAUGAGAUCCAAUACUAUUGAAAAUGAAAUUGCAUCUACUAUCAAGUCGUUGAAUUCAUUGACGGAUAAGAUUAAUAAAAUUGCAAAUAAGUGCAAGUCAACUGAAGUUGCAAGCCUUGAAUCUACUCAGGCACCAUCACCUGUGCCAAAACCUGGGUCAGAACCUGGGUCAAAGCUUGAGCCUGCUGAGUCGAAAUCGGCAGAAACGCUAGGCUUUUUCAAUCUCACUUUGUCUAUUAUUGAGGUUCAAGUGAUUAUACCAUCUUUUGAUUCCUCUCUUGCUCUUAAAUUGAUUGAUAUCAAUACUACACUAUCGUCAUUCUAUUAUGACAUGCAAUCUCAUGAAUUUAACAUAACGCCAUUUUUUGGAGAUUUUAAUGUUAAUGAUGCCAUUCUUGACUUGCGCAAUGACACUUGGGGUGCUUCAUCUGUCUCUGAGAUUGUUCACUUUCAGCUUUCAAUGUCUUACAGCGGUCGUGAUCAAGCAACUAAGAAGCAGCGUGUUGAUAUUUCCAGUAAUAAGAUACAGAUUGUUCUUUGUCAACGACUUUUGGAAAAGCUUGUUAGCAUUGUUAAUUCUCUUGAAGAAGGGUUCAAUGAAUUUCAUUCUGUCAAGGAAUCUUCUCCUUUAUUACCUGCUUGUCCAGAAUCCUCUCCUACUGUUUCUUUGGAUGAAUCAGUUAAGGAACAGUUUCGAGCUUUCAAGAAGCUUGGCGAGAAAACCAUUUUGCGCAUGUCGUUUUCUAACUUUUGCUUUGCGUGGCUUUUUGAAGAGCAGUUCAACAUUGGACAGUAUCCUAUUAGUCCGGAAUCCAAGGGCAUUUUAUUUGGAUACAAUUCUUUGCAAAUUAGCACUUCCAACUUGGCUGGUAAAACCAUUUUGAGUGGUGUUUAUAUUACGCCUACAUAUGAUGAGUUGAACAUUUUCAAUAACUCGGAUAAGUCUCAAAGCAUGAACACAGCUUAUCUUCCAUCCGUGAAGGUUUCAUUUUUUGCGGAUUUGACUCAUCAUCAACCGCAUAUCUCCGUCAAUCUUGUUGGAGAAUCACUGCGCCUUACUAUUCUCCCGUCGUUUGUUGGGCUUGUUGUUUGUUUAGCAAAAUGCUUUACAGACACUGCUGAGUCUUGUCAAAAAGAUGCAUUACCUAAGGAGAAUAUCAAUGAAUCUUCAUUAUAUCCGGAAUCUAACUCCUACAGUCCUCAAACAUCUGCAUCUACUGGGAAGUCUAAUACUGAAGGUAAGACGGCCAAAUUCACACUUCCCUUGUCAUUCCGAUUUUCGGUUUCUUUUGAUGGUGCUACAAUUAUUCUCUACAAGGAUUCGCCAAAUAUCCAUAGACACAUUUCUCGCGAUUACCAUUUUACUCAAGAGAUGAGAGAUGAAAACAAUGCCAAGUCAUUGGAUAAUGAUACUGCUCUGUUUUUGCAAACUCCAGCAGUCAAGGCAAAGAUUGAAUAUCUUAAAGGAGAGAAUGCAGUUAAGCAAGAUGCUUUUAAUGCAGAGAUUUUGAUUAGUUCUUCUAUCAAUACCAUUUAUCCAAAGCUAGUGCCUCCAGUGGUGGAGAUGUGGAAACUUGUUCAAACAGUGGUGAAAUAUUCGGCAUUACCUUCCAAGAAUGAGCAAAAGGACGAUUAUGACAUUGAUAGCGUAUUAUCUAUGCCUGAUUCUUUCCAAAAUAUUGACAUUGACAGCCAUUUCGGUAACAUUAUUGUGGAUGUUAAUGUUCGCCUGGAGCGACAGGAAAUUAUUUUGAGUUGUGAGCCCAAGGCCCGUGUGGCGGCUACUGUUUCUUAUGACGAAUUUUGCAUCAGUCUUAACAGUUUGGAAGACACACUUCGCAAGACUACAUAUGCGUUAUCGGUUCGCUUGCAAAACUUUAACUCAUCAUUGCAGCACAUUUAUUCGCGCGAGUGCAGUGGCCAAGUUACUGUUACAAACAUUGCCUUUUUUGUUGCCAUGUAUCAUAAUUCUGCUGAGCAGCAGUCAGUUAUUGUUGCCAGUAAGAUUUCUGAUGUAAUUACAGAAAUCAAUCUGAAGCAAAGUCAGGAUUUGGAAUUGUUUCAAGAUAUCUGGUCACCCAAGGGUAUGCUGAGCAAAGUCAAUUCUAAUGUAUCAUUGGCUACGUUUGAUCAGUUUUCCGAGACGUUUCAGCAACAAAUCAAUUCAUCUAUGCUUGAUGGUGCUAUUAUGAGAAAGUACCGACAAGUUACAUCUACGGCAGCCAUACCUUGGUGCAUUGACUUUUCUUUGGUCAAUAUCCGUGGUACUGUUGAGCUUGGUCAAGCUGUGGGUCAAGUUAUAUUUACGUUGGACAAGUUGUGGAUAGCGUCGCAAAAGUUUUCUAAUUGGGAGCAAAAUUUAUCACUUGGGUUUGACGAAAUUAAGAUUACAUCUCAGGGGAGAUUUGGAGGUAUUGUUGCGUUACGCAAGAUUCAAGUUGGUACGGCGAUUAUGUGGCAGCGUCAUAACGGUACUGUUUAUCCCGUGCCUCUUGUGCAGGCCAUUAUGGGUAUUGAUUCUCUUGAAGCACGCGCCACAUUUGAUUAUCAAUCAUUUGCAGUUGCUUCGAUCAAUGCGUUACACUUGUCUAUGUUUAACCAGCGGGACAAGAAUUUUGUUCUUAAUGACCGACUUGCUGUUGUUGGGAACUGUGAGAGCAUCUAUUUGUUUGCAACGUCACUUGCUGCGUCCAAUGUGCUUGAUUUGAUAUACACUAUUGAGAGGAUGCGACGAGAGGCUCAUGAUUCCUACGAUGCCAUUUUACGUGACUCUGCAAACCAAACCUCUGAAGAGGCUAGCAAGAAGCAUGGCAAGAAGCCUACAGCACAUCCAUUUGACCGGUUACGUACAUUUUUGGACGUCAACAUUAACACACUGAGUAUUUAUAUUUAUCCUGAUACAUUGAUGGAUCCUCAAGUAUUUACUCUUAAGGUUCAAGGGGCUGAGGCGCGGUAUAGUCAAGAGAUUGAGAUUCAUGAGGAGUUUGAUAAAACAGCACCGGAUGGCCGCAAGUUGUCAUUGGCCAUCACCAAUAAGGAGUUUUUGUCUCAUUUAGAUAUGAAGCUUCAUGGGUUACUUGUUGCUCUUUCGACUAGCAAGCGCAAUAUUCGGACUGAAGAGGAGCUUCUUGAAAUGUCGAUUGAGGAGUAUAUUCAAAAAUCUAAGGAUCCUAAAGGAACCACGAUUAUUGGGAUUCCAGUGUGUGAGAUUUCUAUGGCUACGUGGCAGGCAGUGGACACCAAUGUGAUUGAGUAUAUUUUUAACUCAUCAUUUGGUGGUCGUGUGGAUGUUGGCUGGAAUUUAGGGUCUGUGAACUUUAUUCGGUCCAUGUGGGAGAAUCAUGUGAGGACAUUUAAUGCACGCAAGAAGACAUAUGAGAUGCGGUUUGCAGCUGGAGGGGAUACUUUGCGAGUUCAGUUUAAUCCAGAUGACUAUGCACGGACCAAGAAGCGCAAUGUUAAUAAUAAUAAUAACAAUAAUAAUGAGAAGGAGGAUGAUGAUGAGGAUGAUGAUGAGAAUUCGCAUGUUGGCAAAGGUCUAUUUGGGCCUGAGGAUGCACGUCGAUUAAAGAUAAUGACGUCUCAUAAUAAUAAGUCUGGGAUAUUAUCUGUUGAAUCUAGCCGACAAGAAUCUCCUACAUCACCUUCUUUUGGGAACGAGUUGACACGGCCAUCUACGGCAGCUUCAUAUGGUGAUGAGAGCUUGGCAGAGUCAUCGUUGACGAGCUCAUCAGUUGAUUCUGAGUCUAUUUCAGAAGGGACACUUUCUGAGGAUGAGGAUCAUGAAGGAAUUAAGGUUGGUAGGAAUAGUGGCAGUGCUGGUAGUGGCAGUGUAAGUGGUGGUGGUACUACGGUAGGUGUUAAUCGGGCAAGUGGAUCUGGGCUGGCGACGGCUGGAACGGCGACAGUUCAUGGAGGUAGUGCUCCACCAAGUGCAGGAAGUGGAAGUAGGAAGGGAGGAAUAACAUCAGCAGUAACUGCAGCAGCAGCAACUGCAGAAACAACUGCGGGAGCAUCUUCAAUGGGAGCUACAAGUUCUGGGGAUGAUGGUAUGACGAUAAACAAGCCGGAAGAAGAGGCAGCUCCACAAUACAUUUACAUUGCGCGGGUUCCUCCAGUGAUUGCUCAGCCCCAGUUAAGGGAUAUGGGUGAAGCAACGCCUCCAGUUGAGUGGAUUGGGUUACAUCGUAACAAGUUACCUAGUUUUGUUCACCAGGUGAUUAUGGUACCUUUAGAAAAGACUGUGGAGGAAGUUGAUGUUGUUUACCGUAAGGUUUUAGGACGGUCAUGA